CUUUCGCAACACCCCACCACCACAUCCACCAAAAUGUUCAAGAAGAAGCCCCAGAUCAAGCCGCUUGCCCCGCUUCGCUCGUCCGAUCGCCGCAAGACUGCCGACGCCAUCAUAUCGCAACUGGCCUUGGAGGUCCCCGUCAACAAUGCCGCCGAUCCCGAGGACAAGGCUGCUGCUACGGCAGGCCUCACGGCUCUGAGGAACUCACUGCUGCCCGACAAUGCAAACUCGGCGCGAUUCACCACCACCGCCGGCUCGGACCUGCGCAAAGUCUCGGGCACCGUCUACGUCGGCGCUCACCCCGGAGAGGAGCUGCGCAUACUCUGGUUCAAGCUCGAGGACAAGAUGUACCCGACCGUAUACACUUUGUGGCGCAAUCCAGGCAUGCUACCCUUGCUACACACUCCAUCCUUCGUUGUGGAGAAGUUACAAGGCGGCGCGGAUCUUAUGACACCAGGCCUCCAAAACGGCCCGCCUUUCCCCGAGAAGGCCAAGAAAGGCGCAAUUGUUGCGAUAGCCAGUUUGGAGUCGCCGACGGUGCCAGUGGCAGUGGGGACGUGCGAAAUAGAUGUCAGCGCCUUGAAAGAGGUUCGUGGCGCUAGGGGCCAUGCCGUGCGGACGGAACAUUGGUACCAGGAUGAGUUGUGGUCCUGGAGUACUUCGGGGAACCCCGGCGCGGCGCCUCCCCCUGAACUUGAGGGAUGGUACUCCAAGGAAGGUCUAGAGGAGCUCCAGGCCAAACUGGAGGCCGCCGACCUCGAGGAUGAUGAGGAGGGAGAAGGCGCUGGUGGCGUGACUCUAGAGUCGGGUCCGGCUGAUGAACACCAGCCGGCUGAAGGAUUGGAUGGUGAAGAGCCACCAGUAGAAGAGGUGGCGGCGCAUGAGGAUGACAGAGAAUUGACGACCAAAGAGGUUGACGAGGCUUUCCGGAAGGCGUUCAUUUACGGCGUUUACCAUCACAAGGAAACCAACAAGUCUCUCCCCAACUACGGUCUCUCCUUCCCUCUCUCUCAGUCUCAUGUCAUGGCCAAUCUUGUUCAACCGUUCCUUCCUGCUUUUACUCCUGCGCAGAGCGCUUCUCUCCAGAUCAAAAAGACCUCGUUCAAGAACAUCAAGAAGUUCAUCAAGUCCUUGGAUAAGUCACGGCUCAUCAAAUCCAAAGACCGCGACGGCAACGAGGUUGUCAUCCUAGACAUUGACUUUGAGGACCAGACAUUCAAGGAUUUCAAGCCAUACCGUCUACCAAAGAAGGAGACCGCAGCAGGAACUAGUCAGGGCCGCGGGGGCAAGGCGACAACCACUAGCGAGGGCGGCGACGCAUCAGUCGGACAGAAGCUGAAGAAAGUCGAGCUCUUCAAGCCCAAGGAAAAGCUGUCUCCCGUCUUCAGCACCGGGAGCGCCGACCCCCGCGGGCUCUACACAGCCCAAGAAAUCCGUCCGAUCGUGACGAGCUACAUCGAGGGCGAAAACCUCAUCUCGCCCACCAACAAACGCAUGGUAACGUUGAACCCGAUCCUCGCGAACGCUGUCUUCGAUGGUACCGGGCGCAACGACAAGGAAGUCUUAGCUAAGGGCACCAUCCCCCGCGACGCACUGAUCGAACGGGUCCUCGCGUCCUGCGCACCUUACUACGCGAUCCUGCGGCAGGAUGAGAGCAUCGAGACAGCGAAGCCGCGCUCGGGCGGCGCACCGCGCGUGCACAUCGUGCUUGAGACGCGGUCGGGCAACAAGACGGUCACCAAGGCCAGCGGCGUCGAGGCGUACUUCAUCCACCCGCAGGCGCUGGCCGAUGAGCUGCGCAAGACGUGCGCGAGCUCGACGAGCGUCGAGAAGCUUGUUGGUAGUAGCCCCAAGAAUCCCGUCAUGGAGAUUAUGGUGCAAGGCCCGCAGAAGGAUGCCGUGCUUAAGGCGUUAGAGAAGAGGGGCGUGCCGAAGGGGUGGGUCGAUAUUACGGAUAAGACGAAGAAGAAGAAAUAGAUGUGUUUGUUGGGAGUUUGGAUAGGGAAUGAUACCAAGGCGAGUUGUAGACCGUGCUUGGGUAAAAUGAACUUGCUUGGUCGCAUCCACUUUCUUUGGGAUGGACGCGCAAGGAUGGUCCCUAAUGGCUAGUUGCUGUAGCUAAUAGUAUGCAACUGCGCGGUAAAGUAUGGUACCUUGAUUUGGCACCUGAGCCUGG